UGUAAUCGCGGAAUAAGUUUUUCGGCGUUGGCAGCUUGCAAUGAGGGAAGAUAAAUAUGACAGCCUGGAUUUUGUUUUGCGCCGCUGUGGAGCACGGACCGUUAUUUUGAGAGAAAUAAUGCGGAAUAUUUCCCCCCGUAGGUGUUAACGCAGAAAAUACAAGAUGAAGAAGCAGUUCAAUCGGAUGCGACAGCUCGCCAACCAAACGGUGGGAAGGGCAGAAAAAACAGAGGUGCUGAGCGAGGACCUGCUACAGGUGGAGAAGCGCCUGGAUCUGGUCAAGCAGGUGACACACAGCACUCACAAGAAGCUGACGGCCUGCCUGCAGGGUCAGCAGGGGACUGAUGUGGAGAAGAGAUCUGUCAAGUCACCUUCUAAAAAACUGCCGCUCACAAUCCUGGCACAAUGUAUGGUAGAAGGGGCUGCAGUGUUGGGAGAUGACUCUCUCCUGGGGAAGAUGCUGAAGCUGUGUGGGGAGACAGAAGAGAAGUUGGCCCAGGAGCUCAUCCAGUUUGAGUUCCAGAUAGAGAGAGAUGUGGUGGAGCCUCUCUAUGUGCUUGCUGAGGUGGACAUUCCCAACAUCCAAAAACAGAGGAAGCACUUAGCUAAACUUGUCCUGGACAUGGACUCCGCACGGACAAGAUAUCAGCAGUCGUCCAAGUCGUCCAGUCACCCGAGCACUCUGCAGCCCGGAGCCAAGUCAGAGUCCCUCAGAGAGGAGAUGGAAGAGGCAGCCAAUCGAAUGGAGAUUUGUAGGGAUCAGUUGUCAGCAGAUAUGUACAAUUUUGUGGCCAAAGAAAUAGACUAUGCAAAUUACUUCCAGACACUGAUAGAAACACAGGCAGAAUAUCACAGGAAGUCAUUGGAGAUUCUUCAUAGUGUCCUGCCCCAGAUUAAAGCUCACCAAGAGGCGUGGGUGGAGAAGCCGUCGUUUGGCAAGUCUCUGGAGGAGCACCUGAAUAUUAGCGGGAGAGAGAUUGCCUUCCCCAUCGAAGCCUGUGUCACCAUGCUGUUAGAGUGUGGCAUGCAAGAGGAGGGCCUCUUUAGAGUGGCUCCGUCAGCCUCCAAGCUGAAGAAGUUGAAAGCCUCCCUGGACUGUGGAGUUCUGGAUGUGCAGGAGUACUCCUCCGACCCACACGCCAUCGCAGGGGCUCUGAAAUCAUACCUCCGUGAGCUCCCCGAGCCUUUGAUGACCACUGAACUGUAUGAUGAAUGGAUUCAGGCCUCCAACAUUCAAGAUAUGGACAAGAGACUCCAAGCAUUAAUGGCAGCAUGUGAAAAACUCCCCACAGACAACUUGAACAAUUUCAGAUAUCUAAUCAAGUUCUUGGCCAAGCUGAGUGAGUAUCAAGAUGCAAACAAGAUGACUCCCGGUAACAUGGCGAUUGUCCUCGGCCCUAACUUGCUCUGGACACACACUGAACCAAACAUGACGGAGAUGAUGACCACCGUGUCCCUACAGAUUGUUGGCAUCAUUGAGCCCAUAAUCCAGCAUGCUGACUGGUUCUUCCCUGGAGAGAUUGAAUUCAACCUGACAGGCAGCUAUGGCAGCCCGAUCCACACUAACCACAACUCCAACUACAGCUCCAUGCCUUCACCAGACAUGGACCAAUCUGAUCGCAAGCAGCAGCACGACCAGAGCCGACGCCCACUGAGCGUCGCCACUGACAACAUGAUGCUGGAAUUUUACAAGAAGGAUGGUAUGGGCGUCCGGGUUAUGGAUACCUCCUGGGUGUCUCGCAAGGGCUCAUCCACUCUGGCACGCAAGGCCUCCUCCACCCCUCCAGGCAUGCAAGGCCCCGGCUCUCCUGCAGACACGCUCAUCCCCGAGCAGCCUGGAGAGCUCGCCACCUCCCCGGCCGCGACACCGCCGCCUGGAGAAAGAUUUUGCUCAGACAACGUGUCGCCCAAUCGGCCGGACACCUCUCAUGCCCACCCACCCCCAGGGGAGGACCGGCCACCGCCCCCUUACCCCACCUCCUCGUGCCACACUCUCCCCCACCACUUCUACCCAAAGCCCCCACCCUGCGCUCGCCCUGUGGCACCGGGUCCAGAGUCCCAGCCUCCUGGCUCACCCCCACCCCCAAUGCGCUGGUCUGGCUUCACUCCCCCAGCCCCACCCCCUUCCUCUUCUUCUUCCUCCUCCUCCUCGUCACUUGACAUCAAUUCGAACCCCAAACCCAGCUGUCUGCACUUCCCCAAGCACAGUCCUCCUGGUGACAUGUCGCAUGCCCCCCCACCAGACACUAAUGCUUCACCACUCUACAUCAAAACCCCCUUGGUACUAACCCGCCAUGACCAGUCCCUUGGCAACCCCCCUAGCCUCCCUUCGUCCGCACCCCCGCCCCCGCCGUGGGCUGCCUGUCCAUGUGCCCGAGAGAGAGGACCCCCAAGGCUGACUAGUUCGUUGAAGAGUAAAGAGCUCUCCCCUGUAAUUGGACACAAAGCCAUCCAGGUGGCAGGUCCAACAGUCCCCCCCAGCAGCAGUCCUCAGAGCAGCAGCCAGUCCCCCCACUCCACAGAGCACAGUCCACACACCCUGCGCAAAGGUUCCAAGAAGUUGGCCCCUGUGCCUCCCAAGGUCCCAUAUGGCCAGUCUGGCGGGAUGUCCGACCAGUCCACAGGUCAGCCGUCACCGGUCAGCCUGUCUCCCACACCUCCUAGCACCCCCUCCCCUUAUGGACUGGCCUGCCCUCCAGGGCAAGUGCCCCCAUCCUCCCCUGGGCAGACCCCCUUGGGGGCGCCCCACUCCCUUUCGUCCCCGUCCUCCCUGACCGGAACACUCACCAAGUCUCGGCCCACCCCCAAACCCAGGCAGAGACCCAGCCUUCCCCCUCCUCAGCCGCCCACAGCCCCUCCGGGGCUCACUGGCCUGGCCCCGGCCCCAGUUCCCCAGCCCCUGGAGCAGGGCCUCCUGGAUGGACUGUCUCCUGGGGAGAGCAUGUCUACAGAUAUCUUCAAUUAUGAAAUCCCCUCCAUCAAUGUCAAUCUGGACAGCCUCAUCGAUGAGUUCAGCGGUGCCCCCUGCAGGAGGUCCCUGGCAGUGACAGACUCUCCAGAGGGGGAUGCUGUGCCUGAGGAGGAGCCCCAGAGCACCACUCUAUGACCUAUGACCCUAAGGCAUCACAGCUUACCAGCACCCCUAUGGCUGUACAUACUCUUUAACUGUCGCCGCCAAGGCCUGAUGGAAACACCGAUUGGCCUCACCAAUGCCCACCUGAAACCAGAACUCGAACCCUCCCUCACAUCUGCUACAGGCUGCAACGAAACACAUCUCUUAUUAUUGCUCGCUAGUACGUAAAUGUGACUACAAAAGAACACCAAAAUGCCAUAGUGGAGGAACAGUUGCCUUUAGGAGGAAAGACCGGAAUAUAGAUGAGUAUUAAAUUAAAAUAUUUUUUCAGUUGUUACUUUUAUCUUUGGCUUUGCUUUGUUCAUCUUGGUUGUUUGAUGCAGUGGUUUGUAUUUCCUGUGCUUUUUUCAAUUUCUUUUUUUGCCUUAUUGGAACGUGCAAUGAAAUUGCAAUGUGAUAUUCAUGAGAUGUUCAACUUUUGUUUAGGGAAACUCAGAGCCUGACGUGGUUAGGAGCAAAGCCCAUCCUCAGGGUUAAACAGAGAGAAGGAGUGAGAGAGUAAUCUGGUUAUAUUGCUCACAGGGUAUUCAAGCUUUGUGCACAUUAGGAAAAUGCUGAGCCCAGCCAGUUGCGCAUGCAAGACGGAACAUUAAAUGCAGUUUGAGUCUUAUCACACCCAGUUUCGAUUUCCCCCUCUUCUAUCACUUCUAUUAAAACUGUAGAUCUUUACCUGACAUUUACCUUCAUACAGGUGAACCCACUUUAACACACUUUAUACCAGCACAGUAUAAGAAGAAUGUUACUGUAAAUUCAAGUUUUUGAACUAAUAACAUCUGUUAUUCGGUUAUGAAGAAAGCACCAGUGGGAUCGAACUGCUUCGGAUCAAGGGGCUCAGAAUGGCAGUGUUUUAUUUUGUGUGAGUGUUUCUGUUGUUGUUUUCCUUGGAGAGUAAAUUUAGACUACCCCAUGUGCUGUUACAGUUUGAUGAUAACGGAUGGAUGAACACACUGCCUUUCGGUUCAUAUGAUUCUCUCUCUUAACCUUGUUUCAAGUGCUUCAGGUUCAGUGACCUUUGACCCCUAGUGUAAAUACAAAGACUGUACAUAAAUUGAUGUAUAUAAAUCUGAGAGGAAAGGUAUAUGUAAAAUGCAUAUCUUGAAUAUAUAAAAUAAUAUAUGUGCUGAUAUUUAUCAUGUGUAGAAAAUGUAAUGAUUAAAAAUUUGAUGUUAUUUUUGUCCCUGCACACAAUGAACAGGUCUACUGUAGAUUCAUAAUCUUUCACUUUACCACCAGGUAACAAUGAUGCUGCAGCAGAAAUGCAGAAUGUUAUUUCUGCUAGAAAUCAAUUGUGGUCUUUCCAAUUCUGUCUCCUUUGCUUUGACUUCAGGCAUGCUAGAGCGCUAAUGAGUUACACACCAAUACCCUAUCUUUUCUUCUUUUUUAAUCACUCAUUUGAUAGAUUUCUGUGUAAAUAAUUAUAAUACUUUGAGCCCACUUGGACCAUGUAAUUAAGAUAUAAUGAGGCUAAAUGUAGUCCUAAGCCCAUAUUUUUGGACUGACUAUAGCAAAGUAAAAAUACUUGCUUAUUCAAUCAGAAAAGCUAAUGUGUAGUCAAAUUUGGCACACCUGCUGUAUCACUUUCUAAAUUGGAAAAUGUUUGUGUCCUUUCUUGGUAUUCUCACAGCAGAUGAUUAAUUAGAGGUAUUUCAAAUUCAUCAGAUAACAGAUGCUGCAGUGUCACUUUUUUUAAUUUCAUGCAGAAUGUCUUAGGACAAUAAUUUUGUCAAUUUAAGUGCAAUUACAGUGUUUACUGAUCCACCUCAGUCCAAAAAGUGGUCAAAGUCACCCUUCCCAAAAAAGCCAUUAAUUUUAUUGCAAAGCAAUUUUU